CAAAUACUUCUCGUUUUCGAAAGCGGCUGGUGACUGGUGAGAAAAAGGGCGAACUAGCUAAAAGGAGUCUUCCACUUCAAACAAUUUCCAUUGGUUUUCAAGCUCAUUGUUCAAAUCCUUGUCGUCCGGGGUCGCCAUCUCUGCUGCAACUUAGCCUGCUCCUACACUACUACUUGUUAAGGAGAAGCAAUGACCAUGAACCUCUCUUCUUCUCUGGUGCUGGAUUCGAGCCCUAUCAAGUGGACGCACAACCGGCGGCCGGUUGCUUUCAGCCGGAACUUUGUUGUUUGCUCCGUGAAGUCCCCCUCACCAUCCUCUUCUGCGGUGACGCUGUCAACAGAAUCUGACAGAUUGAGUCGAAUUGAGUCACUGAGUCAGGUAUCAGGGGUUUUGGGUUGUCAGUGGGGCGAUGAAGGCAAAGGCAAACUCGUCGACAUCUUGGCUCAACAUUUCGACAUAGUUGCCCGCUGUCAGGGAGGAGCAAAUGCUGGGCACACCAUCUAUAAUGCAGAAGGAAAGAAAUUUGCUCUCCAUCUUGUUCCUUCCGGCAUCCUUAAUGAGGAAACUCUUUGCGUCAUCGGGAAUGGAGUUGUGGUUCAUUUGCCUGGUCUUUUCGAAGAAAUUGAUGGUUUGGAAUCAAAUAGUGUCUCCUGUAAGGGAAGAAUAUUGGUUUCUGACCGUGCUCACCUGUUAUUUGAUUUUCAUCAAGAAGUGGAUGGGCUAAGAGAAGCUGAGCUUGCUAAAUCAUUCAUUGGCACUACCAAAAGAGGAAUUGGACCUUGUUACUCUAGCAAGGUGAUCCGAAAUGGCAUCAGAGUAAGUGACCUUAGGCAUAUGGAUACUUUUCCACAGAAGCUUGAUGUCUUAUUAUCAGAUGCAGCUUCAAGAUUCCCGGGUUUUAACUAUGGCCCAGAAAUGCUCAGGGAAGAAGUUGAAACAUACAAGAGAUAUGCUGAGAGGUUGGAACCUUUCAUCGCCGAUACUGUGCAUUUCAUGAACGAAUCAAUUUCACAAAAGAAGAAGAUUUUGGUUGAAGGUGGUCAAGCAACUAUGCUGGAUAUUGAUUUUGGAACUUACCCCUUUGUAACCUCCUCAAGCCCAUCAGCGGGUGGUAUUUGCACUGGUCUUGGGAUUGCUCCUAGGGUUGUGGGUGAUCUAGUUGGAGUGGUGAAAGCAUAUACUACAAGAGUAGGUUCUGGUCCUUUCCCGACCGAAAUUUUGGGUCAAGAGGGUGACCUUCUUAGAUUUGCUGGGCAGGAGUUUGGCACUACUACGGGGCGUCCCCGCCGAUGUGGCUGGCUGGAUAUAGUUGCACUGAAGUACUGCUGUCAGAUUAAUGGUUUUUCUUCUCUUAAUCUCACCAAAUUGGAUGUUUUGUCGGACAUGUCUGAAAUUCAGCUGGGAGUUGCUUAUAAACAGAUUGAUGGUACACCAGUGAAAUCAUUUCCUUCAGAUCUUCGCCUACUCGAGCAGAUAAAGGUGGAAUAUGAAGUGUUACCAGGGUGGAAAAGUGAUAUCUCUUCCGUGAGAAAGUAUUCCGAUCUUCCAAAGGCUGCUCGCCAGUAUGUGGAAAGAAUUGAAGAACUUGUCGGUGUACCUGUUCAUUACAUAGGCAUUGGGCCUGGGCGUGAUGCCCUUAUAUUCAAGUGAUCUCUUCUUUUCAUUUUCUUUACAUUUUCGAAAUUCUGGUGGAUUUCAGGAUAGCUGAAUCUGGAUUUUAAAUCCAUAAAUUUGGAAAUUAUGAUUUGGAACUAGCGGAAGCUGAUUGAGAGUGUUAUUUUGUGGCUUCACUAGGAAUUCUUUCAUCAGUCUACAUAGAUGAUGAAAUAUAUACUCUUUAUUUGCCAAUAACAAGACAGUGGGAUGAUUUUGCUGAUCCUAUCCCUGCAAUUAUGACU